GGCGGCCUUUGGGGUCCGUGGACUACCCGGCCGACUAUCUCAGCCCCUUGCCUCUCCGUGCGACGGCCGGGGCCGAGGGGAACUGAGGUGGAGAGAAAGGGGCCAGCCGGCGUCAAAGGCGCUCCCGCCGAGGACCUAUGGGUCCUGCGCCUGUGGAGGGCGCCGUGACGCCCGCCGUGGGGCCUCCCUACGUGACUGUGUGCGCUCUGGUCCGGCCGCUAAAGGGGUUCGGUUCUUUUCAGACCAUCGGUGACGAGAAUCAGAAUCAGUACUAGGGGCUUGCAUCCGGGGCUUUUCUCGGCUGCCGCGGUCAUAGAAGGCACUGGCGGGGCGUAGACUUUCCCUGGGUAGAGUAAACACGUUUCCUCAGGUCGCGCCCCAGGAGUCUUCAAGAAGUGGGCAAGCCGUUGAUAACCGGCUGUUGAUGGCGGUAGGAGGACAGAGGUCACCCCUGCAGCCGCCAGCUUCUCUCCGGAAGCGCUUUCUAAGGCGGGAUGCAGGGCGUCUUGUACAUGUUUAGUUCAUGGAAUUGCCAGCCGUGUGUGUAGUAGGAGUAAACUGUCAUUCAAAGUUUAGGUUCUGUAUAAUGGGCAAGGUGACGCCCCUAGGCUGCAGCCAGACUCCAGAGCUUUGCGUUACAUGAAGAGACUCUAUAAGUCCUUUGCUACCAAGGAGGGGAUCCCUAAAUCCAACAGGAGUCCUCUCUACAACACUGUUCGGCUCUUCACAUCUUAUGCCCAGCACAAGCAAGCUCCUGGGGACCAGGUGACAGGAACCGUACCAUCCGUGGACCUGCUAUUUCACCUGGAUCGUGUUACUGCCGUUGAACACUUCAUCAAGUCAGUCUUGCUAUUUACUUUCAACAACCCCAUUUCUUUUUCUUCUGCUGUGAAAUGUGUGUGCAACCUGGUGAUGAAGGAGCCCGAGUCUUCUAGCGGGAACCCCCAUAGAACUCCGUCCUUAUUGACCUUUGACUCCCAGUUUGAAUUUAGAAAGAAAUACAGAUGGAUUGAGGUGGAUGUGACGGCUCCUCUUCAGCCUCUAGUGGCCUCCAACCAAAGAAACAUUCACAUGUCUGUAAAUUUGACCUGUGUGAAAGCCCAGCUGCAGCCCCCUUCAACACGUGAAAGUCCCUUUAACGUGACUCUUCUGGUGCCCCCCUCACUGCUUUUAUAUCUGAACGACACGAGUGCCCAGGCUCAUCACAGGUGGUAUUCCCUUCACUAUAAAAGGAGGCCUUCCCAAGGUGCUGGGCAGAAGAGAGGGCUGUCUGUCUGUCCCCAGGGAGAAGAGUCAGCUGAGGCUGUACGACCUUCCCGUCAUCGGAGAGGUCAGGAGACUAUCGGCUUGGAACCUCAGAAGCCUCUGGUUCCAGCUUCUUUCAAUCUGAGCGAAUACUUCAAACAGUUUCUUUUUCCCCAAAACGAGUGUGAGCUCCAUGACUUUAGACUUAGUUUUAGUCAGCUGAAGUGGGACAGCUGGAUCGUGGCCCCGCACAGAUACAACCCUCGAUACUGUAAAGGGGACUGUCCAAGGGCACUCGGACAUCGGUAUGGCUCGCCAGUUCACACCAUGGUGCAGAAUAUCAUCCAUGAGAAGCUCGACUCCUCAGUGCCAAGACCCUCCUGUGUGCCUGCCAAAUACAGUCCUCUCAGUGUUCUGACCAUUGAGCCAGAUGGCUCAAUCGCUUACAAAGAAUAUGAAGAUAUGAUAGCCACUAAGUGCACCUGUCGUUGAUACUGGGUUCUCGAAACUAAAACCUGGAGGCUCUUCGGCAAAGAAAUGCCGUGCACCUCUCUGUGCCUUCAGGAGAAAGUUCCACGUGUCAAAUGUCAAUGUAGUAUGUCUUGUAUAAGGGGGAGCCUGUGUAGAUGAGCACAUUCUGUGGCAUCUAUCCGUGGAAAGUGGUAACAUCUUCCUGUUUAAUUUCCGGGUGUAAAUGAACUGUAAUUAUUUUGGAGGGCCCUAAAUUUCUUUCCGUGAAUGAUGUUUUUUUUCUUGACAUUGGUAUCAGAGUGCAGUAGUUGUAGUUAAUGGAAGAAUAAAUCCCUCUCAGUGGCAUAA